AUGUUGUCGCAAAUGAUCAAGCCUUCCACCAUGCGGUCCGCAGGGUUCCUGGGACGAAUGACAAAGAACCGUGUACAGACACGCUCCCUUGCUACUGUUGAAGGAAACACUCAGCGUGCCAUUCCUACUCCUAGCAUGCGCAGGGCCACGGCUGUUUCCAAUGAACCUGCUACUUUCACAAUCAAAAAUGGACCCAUCUUCGAAGGCAAGUCUUUCGGAGCCAAGACCAACAUCUCCGGAGAAGCCGUCUUUACCACUUCACUUGUCGGUUACCCCGAAUCUAUGACCGACCCAUCCUACCGUGGCCAAAUCCUCGUCUUCACACAACCAUUGAUUGGCAACUACGGUGUUCCUUCCAACGCCCGUGACGAGCAUGGCUUGCUCCGAUACUUCGAAUCCCCGCACAUUCAAGCUUCUGGCAUCGUCGUUCAGGACUAUGCCUUGAAGCACAGCCAUUGGACAGCUGUCGAGUCACUCGCAGCAUGGUGUGCUCGUGAGGGAGUUCCCGCCAUCUCUGGCGUUGACACCCGUGAGGUUGUGACAUACCUCCGUGAGCAAGGUUCCUCUCUUGCUCGUAUCUCAAUUGGUGAGGAGUACGAUGCCGAUGAGGACGAGGCAUACAUUGACCCUGAGGCUAUCAACCUCGUGCGCCGUGUAUCCACCAAGGCUCCCUUCCAUGUCAGCUCUUCUUUGGGCGAUAUGCACGUAGCUUUGAUCGACUGCGGUGUCAAGGAGAACAUUCUCCGCAGUCUCGUCUCUCGCGGUGCCAGCGUCACCUGCUUCCCCUUCGACUACCCCAUCCACAAGGUUGCCCACCACUUCGACGGUGUGUUCAUCUCCAACGGCCCCGGUGAUCCAACUCAUUGCACGACCACCGUCCACAACCUCCGCAAGCUGUUCGAGACUUCCCAGGUUCCCGUCAUGGGUAUCUGCAUGGGUCAUCAGCUCAUCGCCCUUGCUGCUGGUGCGAAGACUAUCAAGCUCAAGUACGGCAACCGUGCGCAUAACAUCCCGGCUCUUGACCUUACCACGGGCAAGUGCCAUAUCACCUCGCAGAACCACGGAUACGCGGUUGACCCCACUACCCUGUCCAGCGAAUGGAGGGAAUACUUCACCAACCUCAACGACCAGUCCAACGAGGGUCUGAUCCACAACUCCCGUCCCAUCUUCAGCGCCCAGUUCCAUCCCGAGGCUAAGGGUGGUCCUCUAGACUCUGCAUACCUCUUCGAUAAGUACAUGGAGAACGUCCAGCAGUACAAGAGCCACCAAAACAGCUUCUCGGAGAAGAGCAACAAGCCCAGCCCUCUCCUCGUCGACUUGCUGAGCAAGGAGCGUGUUGGCUGCCACCCUGAUGCACCGGACUUUGAGGGUCACGCAGCGGGUAUGGCCAAUGAGGAGAUCACAGUCGGUGGACCCGUCGCGCCGUCCUACCAGCCCAUUACUCAGAAGCCCGUUGCCUCUGCUGCUUAG